ACUUCUCACUGAGGAGGAGGCGUGCACACAGCUUCUCUCUGUGCUCUUCCCUCGGCCAUAAAAAGAGGCUGGACUUCAGGACACGGGGAAAGGGAAAGGAAAACAUUCAUUUGACAGGAUGAGCCACACUUAUCCAAACCUAAACAUGGCGACGAUAGGAGAUUUCGACCCUCUCAACGCGUCCAUUCCUGCCACUAAAGUUGAAAUCACAGUGUCCUGCAGAAACCUGCUGGACAUGGACACUUUCUCCAAAUCAGACCCAUUAUGUGUUCUCUACACACAAGGGCUUGGCAACAAGGAGUGGAGAGAGUUUGGGAGGACGGAGGUGAUUGACAACACGCUAAACCCAGACUUUGUGGUGAAAUUUAUUUUGGACUACUUCUUUGAAGAGCGACAGAACCUCCGGUUUGACUUGUAUGAUGUUGAUUCAAAUAGUGCCAACCUUUCCAAACAUGAUUUUCUGGGCCAGGCCUACUGUACUCUUGGAGAGGUGGUUGGAUCACUGGGCAGUUGCCUAGAAAAGCCACUUGGAGGCAUUCAAGGGAAGAAAUGCGGGACCAUUAUUGUGAGAGCCGAGGAGCUUAACAACUGCAGGGAAUCAGUGAUGAUGCAGUUCUGUGGAAACAAGCUGGACAAAAAAGAUUUCUUUGGCAAGUCUGACCCCUUCAUGGUUUUCUACAGGAGUAAUGAGGACAGCACGUUUACCAUCUGCCACAAGACAGAGGUGAUAAAGAACACAUUGAAUCCGGUUUGGCAGGCCUUCAAGAUUCCUGUUCGGGCUCUUUGUAACGGUGAUUACGACAGAGCAAUCAGGGUUGAAGUAUAUGACUGGGACAGAGACGGCAGUCAUGAUUUUAUUGGGGAGUUCAGCACCAGCUACAGAGAACUAUCCAGAGGACAGAGCCAGUUCAACGUCUAUGAGGUGAUAAAUCCAAAGAAGAAAGGGAAGAAGAAAAAAUACCUCAACUCUGGAACGGUGACGUUGCUGUCAUUCCUGGUGGACGUGGAUGUCACCUUCCUGGACUACAUCAAAGGAGGGACCCAGCUUAACUUCACCGUGGCCAUCGAUUUCACAGCUUCAAAUGGUAACCCUGCCCAGCCCACCUCACUCCACUACAUGAAUCCCUACCAGCUGAAUGCCUACACCAUGGCCCUAAAGGCUGUAGGGGAAAUCAUCCAGGACUACGACAGUGAUAAGAUGUUUCCAGCGCUUGGCUUUGGAGCCAAGCUACCACCAGAUGGGCGGAUCUCCCAUGAGUUUCCCUUGAAUGGGAACCCUCAGAACCCUUACUGUGCAGGUAUUGAAGGAGUGGUGGAAGCCUACUACCAGAGUCUGAAGUCAGUUCAGCUCUAUGGACCCACUAACUUUUCCCCAGUCGUUAACCAUGUGGCCAGGUAUGCAGCGUCAGUGAAAGAUGGCUCCCAGUAUUUCGUGCUUCUCAUCAUCACAGAUGGUGUCAUCUCAGACAUGGCCCAAGCCAAGGAGUCUAUUGUCAAUGCCGCCUGUCUGCCAAUGUCCAUCAUCAUAGUGGGGGUCGGGCCAGCCGAGUUCGAUGCAAUGGUUGAGUUAGACGGUGAUGAAGUCAGAAUCUCGUCCAGAGGAAGACAGGCUGAAAGAGACAUUGUGCAGUUCGUCCCAUUCAGGGACUACAUCGACCGAUCAGGAAACCACAUCCUGAGCAUGGAACGGCUUGCAAAAGACGUCUUGGCCGAGAUUCCUGACCAGUUCCUGUCCUACAUGAAGACCCGUGGGAUCAAGCCAUUGCCAGCACCGCCUCCCUACACGCCGGCAGGCCUACCCGUACAAACGCAGAUAUGAGGAUCCGAGGGGGGCAAGAGGUGUGAGAGUCCAGGGUUAGCUUAACUUAACAUAGAAAAUACUUCCAUUUUCCCAAAGCUGCUCAACAAGCCUUCUCACCAAGUAUCAGGGGGGUCUAUCUUCUGUUAAGAAGGCUGCAUGUCAUGACAGAGAGUGACAGCAUUUGAGGGCAGGAAAAGUCCAAUGAGUCUGUUUACUUCCAGUCAUGUUCCUGUCUCAAUUUUUUGGCCUUGAAAACCUAGGUGGGCUUUGGAGCUUUUAAAAGGCCUGAUUUUUAAUAUGGAAGAAAAGAAGCUAAACGACAAAAGAAAGGAGGAAAAAAGAGAUGAAGGACAGCUAUGAGGAAAAACUGUAAAGAGAAUGUCUGGAGACAAAGUGAAGGAAUCACUUGAUCUGAAAUGAAUACUUUAUUUUCUGUAAAUACCUGAACUUCUAUAACUUCUGUCUUUUUCUCUAUCUUUAUCUAUCUAUCUCUUUGCAGCUCACUCAUGUUUACAGAUAACAAUAACAAGUAUUUUUACUGUUGAUACUUUUUAUAUCCACAUACGUUUCAAAUGAAGCUUGGAAUAUCUCUCUCUCUUUCUCUCCCUCUCUCUCUCUCUCUCUCUCUCUCUCUCUCUCUCUCUCUCUCUCUCUCUAUCUCUCUCUCCUGGCAAGUGUGUCAGCUAGCAGUGCAGGUCCUGGUAGCCCUUCUGUACCGUACCGUACUGUACCGUACUGUAUACUAGUGUUUGUAUUGACCUUCUGCAUGAGUGUAGCCUCAGUCAAGUGCAUGCAAACAGUGGCCCUGCACUACCUCCAACACCCAUCAGUGUGUGUGCGUCUCAAUCCGUGGGGGAUGAAUUAAUUUCUGCCUGUACCCACAUUUGUGACCUCACCCUGUCUAUCUGCACUGCUCUCAGGCCUGAGGAGUCUGCCUAUCCAUCUCCUGGCUACAGUCUCUCUUCUUCACAAUCACUUUCUAUCUCUCUUGUUCACUCUAGUUUAUUUUUGUUUCCCAAUCGAUCAGUCAACCAAUCAAUCAAUCAAUAUUUAUAUCAGCAGGACUAGACCAUACUCUAUGUUAAAUUAUUAACAGAGACCCAACAUCAAGACAGGGUAAGAUCUAGUCCCCUCUUACUGACAGGACUUGAUCAUAUCUCAUCUUAAUCCACCAUGAGCAUUGCACCUCACAGUAUUUAGCUAGUUACAGCAGCAAGGACAAACUUCCUUUAACUUUAGGCAGAAACUUUGAGCAGGACCAGACUCAUGCUAGACACACAUCUGCCUCGACUGAGUGGUGAGUGAUGAUAGUGAUGAGAAGGUUAGUAGUAGCAGUAGCUGUUGCCACUGGAGUCCGGCACGUCUGUGACAGGCAGAAACCUGGAGCAGAACCAGACUCAUGUUAGACAGCCAUGACCUUGAGAUGAUCAGAAGAGAUCUCUCUGAUAACAGCGAAUGAUUAUUUCUUGAUUGAGUUGACAUAAUUGACUUAAUCAACAGAUGGAAUUUACUUCAUGGAAGUUACUGAUGAAUCAUUUACUAUUAAACCUUCUUUCUUACUACUGCACACCAGGGACAAUCGAGUACCAAGUUUAGCUUUCAACUUUGAUUUUUUUUUACAUCCAAAACUUGUAGCUAUAACUCUGCCUCCGACAAUAUUUAUCUAUAUUACCUAAUAACAGAUUAGACAUGCAAACACUCAAGACUAAGGUGGUGUACAUAUUUUUUUUCAAACUUAAACUAAUCCUGCUACACAUCCAUUGUUAGCAUACUGGCCAUAGUGUUUAGCUCACACAGUAGCAUUGCUGUGCCAAUGUACAGCCUCCAAGAGCUGCCAGUAUGGUUCAAAGUUUUGUUAUGAUCAAGAUGAAACAUGACGCAUUCAUCAUCUGAGAACAAAUAGCUUGUUAUUUAGCAAAGAUUAUAAAGUUUUAAAUUUGCAAAUUUGUUUUCCAGUUUAUGUAGCAUUUAGUUGACUUCUGAAUGGGAUCAAAGCUUCUCUCUCUCUCUCUCUCUCUCUCUCUCUCUCUCUCUCUCUCUCUCUCUCUCUCUCUCUCUCUCGCCACUUGUCACUGUCUCUCUCUCUUGCUC